CUCCGGAUUGCAUAAGGGUGAUUGUUCAUGCUCGCAGUCACCGUGAAGGAAAAGCUGUCAAUGGAGCAGUGACGUAGAGAUCUAACACUCACGACAGAGAAAUAAUAAAAAUACAGAGUGGAUUUUGGCGGAGACUAACUAGUUCAAGAAAGAUUGAAGGAAGAUGAAAAACUCCGUUUCAGAUCGCAGUUUCUACAUUGAGAGCGACGACGAAGAUGAGGAGAAGGAUUUGAACAAUGUAGAUCAAGGAAACGAUUCAGACGAUUCGCAUGAAUGGAAUGAUCACGACGCAAUGAGAAAACCCAGUUCCUACAGCAUGGCAUGGCCUCAAAGUUACAGGCAAUCCAUUGAUCUGUUAGGCAGUGUACCAUCACCAAAUAUUGGAUUUUUGGGCACUACCUCCCUAUCAAGAUUAGGAAGUUCUUUUAUUGUUCCACCUUUGAUAAAGAGGCACCCCCCAGUUCCAGAUACAAUUCCGUCAGCAAAGAAACCUCUGCUACAACCAACAGACAUUGAUGAUCAGCGGCGUAGCUCCCAUAUCCUGCAUCCUCCCCAUCUGUUGAGGGGUUCUACUAGGAAUGUGAUUUCCAAGGUUGCUCAUGAUCAUGAAGUUCAUUUUUCUGGCCAAUGCACUUUUGGUCAAGCUGUGCUUAAUGGCAUAAAUGCUCUUUGUGGUGUUGGAAUCCUUUCUACCCCUUAUGCCCUCAAAGAAGGUGGAUGGGUUGCGCUUUCAGUCUUGUUUAUAUUUUCAGCUUUCAGCUUCUAUACUGGGUUGCUAUUACGUCACUGCUUGGAUAGUGAACCUGGGCUUGAGACAUACCCUGACAUUGGCCAAGCAGCUUUUGGUACUAGUGGACGCAUUUUCAUUUCUGUAAUAUUAUACUCGGAAUUAUAUGCUUGUUGCAUAGAAUAUAUAAUUUUGGAGAGCGAUAACUUAUCUUCAUUGUUUCCAAAUGCGCACCUAAGUUUAGGUGGACUUGAAUUGAACCCUCAUGUUCUAUUUGCAAUUCUGACCACCUUGGCUAUUCUUCCUACUGUUUAUCUUCGUGAUUUGCGCAUUCUGAGUUACCUCUCAGCAUGUGGUGUUCUUGCAACAACUUUGGUGGUUCUCUGCUUGUUUUGGGUUGGCUUAAUAGACAAUGUUGGCAUUCACAGCAAAGGAACUACAAUCAAUCUUGCAACUUUUCCUGUUGCUAUGGGUCUCUAUGGUUACUGCUACUCAGGACAUGCUGUGUUCCCAAACUUGUAUACAGCCAUGGCAAACAGAAAUCAAUUCCCUGCAGUGCUUUUAACAUUUGAAUUGGUUAAACUCAAAGAAAAAGUUACUCUAGAUGGAGAAUAUACAUUGUCUCAGUACACUCUUAACAUGCCUCAAGGCUUAGUGGCCACCAAACUUGCUGUGUGGACAACGGUGGUGAAUCCAUUUACCAAAUAUGCAUUGAGUUUGACUCCAGUGGCAAAGUGUCUAGAGGAGCUGAUACCAUUAAACGACCCCAAGUUUAACUUAUAUUCAAUCUUCAUCCGAACAAUGUUAGUGGUUUCUACACUGCUUGUUGGUCUUUCUGUUCCCUUUUUUGGUUUGGUAAUGUCAUUGAUUGGAUCUUUACUCACAAUGUUUGUUUCCUUGAUUCUUCCCUCUGCUUGUUUCCUAAAGAUUAAAUGGGGCAAAAUCUCUCAAAUUCAGGUAGCACUUUGUGUUACAGUUAUGAUAGUAGCUGUUGUAUCCUCCGCUUUUGGAUCAUAUUCAGCAAUCUCAGAGAUUAUUGAACAGUUGUUUGGAUAAAAUUUUUGCACCCUAAUCAUGGACUGAGUUGUUUCUUGUCUUAUGUUCGACAAAAUCCUACUAUUUUAUAUUUGGUUUUAUUUCUCAUGGCCAUUUUUGAUCUAUUAUUAUUGUUUGAAGCCAUUGUAUAAGGAUGUGUUUAUCUUUUUAAGAGCGAUUUUAUGGCCAAGAGCCCAAGACUGUAUCUAAUAAAAUCACAUGGGGUGGGGGCGGCGGCCAAAGUUUUGGAGUAGAGGAUUAUCAUCGAAGAUGAGUGCAAAAUUUCUUGAUAUACGUGAAAUUAAGUAAAUAGCAUUUACAUCA